AUGCAUGGCGGCGACGACCUAGAUGACGACUUCAUUCCUGACGAAACGGUAGCGCUUUUUGUCGAUGAGGGCUCCGGAACAGCGCCGUUGGACGAUGAAGACGUCUUUGUAGAGGUCGGGGAUGAUGAAGGCGAGGACGUCGAAGGAGAGGAGGCUGCAGAUCUAACUGCCUCACCAACAAACACUCAGGGUUCUUCCAAAGCCGAAAGGAAGCGGAAACGAAGAGAGAAGGAUAAGGAGCGCAAGGCCAAGAAAAGAAAACUCGCUGAGACGCUCGAAGUCGUAGAGGGCUCAAUAUCUGCCCGAUCUCCCAUAGAAUUAGCGAGCUACCUUACUUCGAUGCAAGCUAAAAGCUUCAUGAAAAUGUCGUCUAUUGAAAUGGACGACCUACGGAUACCAGAGACGGCUAUAGCAGAUACGACCUCAUGGACUGGUCCUAGGACUUUGGACCAACUACCGAAUUUCAUUACGAAAGUUCUUCCGACCCUCCAACUGCGUCUGUCACAACGGUCAAAGAAUAACGGCGCACCGACUUUGCUCUACAUCGCCGCUGCGGCCCUUCGAGUGGUAGAUGUCACGAGAGUUCUUAAAGACAAGAAGCUUCGAGGCGACAAAGGGGGAGACGUCGCCAAACUCUUUGCCAAGCACUUCAAGCUCGCGCAACACAUUACCUACCUCAAGCAAACGCAGGUAGGAACAGCCGUCGGAACACCUGGUCGACUGGGCAAAUUGCUGAACGAUACUGACGCUCUGAAGAUCUCUGCCCUAACCCAUAUCAUCUUGGAUAUCACGCAUAAAGACGCAAAGAACAGGAAUCUCCUUGAAGUUCCGGAAACUCGAGACGAGGUCUUCACGACGGUCUUGAACAACAAGGAUAUUCUGAAGGGUGUCAAGGAAGGGAAGAUUCAGAUAGUCUUGUUUUGA